UACCUAUGGCUAAGCACAUUUAGGAAACACUUUCCAGAAGGCAUCACUUACGUGAUUACCAAUCCCAAUGAGCAAGAUUAUGUAUAUAAGUGCUGGAUGAACACCACAGUUUUCCAAUAUCUGCAGAACAGUACAGUGGGAUAUUGCAAUACUACCAACAACUUAAAGACCGCAAAGCCUCGUAAUCAAUUAUCCCAGCAAGAUGGCCUCCCCACUAAAGAACGUGGUAAUCGUCGGAGCCGGAGGAAACCUCGGCUCCCACGUCCUAAAAGCCUUCCUCUCAUCCAAAGCCUUCAACAUCACCGCACUCACCAGAGAGUCAUCUACCAGCACCUUCCCCGACGGCCUCCAAGUCAUCAAAUCAGACUACAGCCACGACUCGCUCGUCUCCGCGUUCAAGGGCCAAGAUGCCGUGAUCAGCAUCGUAGGCAAUGCAGGUCUUUCAUUCCAGCAGAAACUCAUCGACGCUGCCGUCGAUGCAGGAGUGAAACGGUUCAUCCCCAGCGAAUUCGGCAACAACACCGCCGAUGAUCGGGUCCGGGCUCUCGCACCGCUUCUCGACGGCAAGAAAGCCAAUGUCGAUUAUCUCAAGGGGAGAGAGGACCGGCUAACUUGGACUGCGGUCAUCACUGGUCCAUUCUUCGAUUCGGGUGUCAAAAACGGCUUUCUAGGCUUCAACCUCCAAUCCCACGAAGCAACCAUCUACGACGACGGCACCAACACAGCGUCAGUGAGCACCCUCGCUCAAAUCGGCCGUGCUCUCGUUGCCGUUUUGCAGAACCCGGAGGUUACCCAGAACCAAUACGUCUACGUCGAGUCAUUCACCACCACUCAGAAGCAGAUUCUCGGUGCUCUGGAGAAAGCCACCGGCAAGGACUGGAAGGUCACUGAUGUUGCCUUGAAGCCGGUUAUCGAAGAAAGUACCGAGCGGCUCAAGGCUGGGGACUUUACUGCCGUGCGAGUUUUACUCUUGGCGGCUGGGUGGGCGAGGUUCCCGGAUGGGCCUUAUGGAGAUUGGUCACGGGUGGCCGGGGGAUCGUGGAAUGAGAGAUUGGGGCUUGAGAAGGAGAAUUUUGAUGAGGUUGUGGGGUCGCUUGUUAAUUAGGAUGUCAUGGCUACCGUUCCUUGUUGUUCUGUAGCAGGACCAAGUACUUGGAACGAGCAAUAAAUCUUUGAUUAAAUAAAUAGAG